UGGCCGCAAACGGUAUGCACCCUAUCUGUAGUAGACGGAUAUUAGUACGAAUCACUUCCGCUUCCGGUUGGCCUGGUGAUACGGUACCAGCUCAAGAUACCUAUUUAGCUCUGUAAACUCCUAGACCCUGCACUGGAGCUGUAGAGUGAUGAUUCGAGAGAGACUGUAAAGUUUGUUGAUGUUGGCACCCAGAAACACCAUUGCUUGAGCCUGGUUGAUCGGUUUAAUUGUUGGUGAAAAGUGACAUAGAAGUGUCAACUUGAAGCACCAGGAUGUCGGGGCUUGGCAAUAAGAGGGCAGGAGGUGAUAUAAUCUCCUCAGCACCCCCUGAAAAGAAGACUGCUGUUGAGGACUCCGGUACCACAGUGGAGACCAUUAAACUUGGAGGUGUUUCCUCUACGGAGGAGCAGGACCUACGCACUUUGCAGCUGAAGAACAAGAAGUUCGCUGGGAUGUUAGACCAGAGACAAGCGAUAGAAGAUGAACUACGAGAUCGCAUUGAGACCUUGGAGAAACGCCAGGCGACGGAUGACGCGUCUCUCCUUAUUAUUAACAGAUACUGGAGUCAGUUUGACGAGAACAUUGGCAUUCUCUUAGCUCGGUAUGAUUUGGAGCAGGAUUUGGGAGAGUUUCUAAGUGAACGCAAAGCGUUAGUAAUACCAGAACCUGAGCCAGAUUCCGAUAGUAAUCCAGAACGCAAGGACAGUGAACGUGGUGAGAGUGUCUGGGAAGCACCUCUUUCAUUUCUGGCCACCUUAGCCAGCAGCAGCAGUGAAGAAAUUGAAUCUCAGCUGCAGGAACGUGUGGAAUCUUCACGUCGAGCAUUGUCUCGCAUAGUGAUGGUGUAUGACCGCCUAAAUGCACGGCUGGAUCAGCUUUCUGUGAAGUUCAAUGACCCAUCACUGAUGGAAGAGGCUAUUAGAGAGCUAAAUUCUUUGCUGCAUAAUGAGAAUGCCCGUCUGCAGGAAGUGUACUCCUUGUUGCAGGAGAAACAGCAGACUAUGUCUCAAGAGUUCUCACAGUUGCAAUGUCGUUUGGAGAAUGCAGAGUCGCGAGUCUCCAACCUAGAUAGUCUCAUUGAGGAUCUUCAGUGGGAUAUUGAUAAAGUCCGGAAAAGAGAACAACGUCUUAACAGGCACUUGUCUGAAGUUCUUGAGCGGGUGAACUCAAAGGGUUACAAAGUUUAUGGGGCCGGUAGCAGUUUGUAUGGAGGCACUAUCACAAUUAACUCUAAAAAGUUUGAGGAGAUGACUUCUGAAGUGGAUAUGAACAAAGAGCUUGCUGUGAAUCGGUUGCAGGAGUUAGAGAAACUGAGGCAGGAUUUACAAGAAGUAACAGCAGAGAACCAGGAAUUGCAGGCUGAGCUUUUAAGGGCUGUGGAGAAUAAUGUACGCAUCUCUCCAGAGUAUCGUUGUAUGCAAUCUCAGUUCUCUGUUCUGUACAAUGAGUCUUUGCAACUAAAAGCUCAGCUGGAUGAAGCACGCUCUUUACUGCAUGGCACACGUUCCAAUCACCAGCGUCAACUUGAUCUCAUUGAGCGUGAUGAAUUGACCCUCCAGAAGAAGGUCCGCACGGAAGUUAUUCAACUGGAGGACACACUAGCUCAAGUACGCAAAGAAUAUGAAAUGCUGAGAAUCGAGUUUGAGCAAACUCUGGCUGCCAAUGAACAGGCAGGUCCCAUUAACAGAGAAAUGAGACACCUGAUCAGCAGUUUACAGAACCACAAUCAUCAACUGAAAGGAGAGGUACAGAGGUAUAAGAGGCGGCUGCGAGAAAUCCAGAGUGACAUAAGCAAGAUGCGCUCUCGCAGCGCUAGUGGCCUGUUCUUGCUACCUUCACAGUCUAGUGGGGAUGAGUCUCGAGAAGAGACAGUUGAAAUAAAGACAGAGCCUGAAGAGAGUGUCCUGCCAACCCCUGUCCCCUCUCAGCAUGAGUCUACACCUAAACGUGAGGAGGAAGAAGUACUGCCCGCUCCGCCACAGGCACAACAAAAAGACAGAAGGGAGAGGGACAGGGAACGAGAAAGAGACCGUGGUCGAGAGAAGGAGAGAGCAGACUGUUCAAAGGAGAAGCCAAAAUAUGAGUCUGACACAAAGCGAAAGGAGGCAGAGUCUGUGAAACAGAUUAAAGCAGACAUCAAGAGAGUUCAAGAAUCACUUCGAGACAUGAAGCUGCUUUUAGACAUGUAUCGUUCAGCACCUAAGGAACAAAGAGACAAGGUUCAGUUAAUGGCAGCAGAGAGGAAAAGUAAAGCGGAGUUGGAAGAGCUGCGCCAACAUCUCAGAGAGCUGGAGGAAAGAGAACGGCGAGACAGCAAGAAGAUGGCGGAUGAAGAUGCUUUGCGCAGGAUGAGAGUAGUUGAAGAGCAAACAGAAGCUCUCCAGAAGAGGCUUUCUAUAGCUAAGCAGGAGGAAGAAGCAUUACUGUCGGAAAUGGAUGUGACAGGUCAAGCAUUUGAAGACAUGCAGGAACAGAAUAUCCGUCUGAUGCAACAACUAAGAGAAAAGGAUGAUGCCAACUUCAAGCUUAUGUCUGAGAGGAUCAAAUCCAACCAGAUUCACAAACUACUAAAGGAGGAGAAGGAGGAGCUGGCAGAUCAACAGCUUACACUCCGUACACAGGUGGAUGCUCAGUUGCAGGUUCUGAGAAAACUUGAAGAAAAGGAGCAUUUACUUCAGAGCAGCAUUACCACAGGAGAAAAGGAACUAGCUCUGCGCACACAGGCACUGGAUCUUAGCAAACGCAAGGCCUCAGAGGCCUCCCAACAGGCAGAUGAUCUGAGAGCGCAGCUGGAACUUUCUCAGAAGAAGCUGCAGGAUCUGCGAGAGGAAAUCAUUGAGAACAGCUCAAGCCGGGAGAAGGAUGCAUUUAACUACAAGAGAGCACAGGAGGAUAUCCUGCGGCUUAGAAAGAAACUGGAAUCCACUAAGAAACCUGAUCUGGUACCGACAUGUGAUAAAAUUCUUAUGGAGGAAAUCAAAGAGUACAAGGCAAGACUUACCUGUCCAUGCUGCAACUCCAGGAAGAUGGAUGCUGUCCUCACCAAAUGUUUUCAUGUCUUUUGCUUUGAAUGUGUGAAGACAAGAUAUGAUACACGGCAACGCAAGUGCCCCAAGUGUAAUGCUGCAUUUGGAGCUAAUGACUUUCAUCGCAUCUACAUUGGUUAAUAUUUGUGUGCAUUCCAAGACUCAAACAAGUCCCUCUAUGCAAGGACAACAAUGUAAAUUGCCCUGCUUAUAAACCUGCUCUGUUCUACACUU